AUGUCACUGAGUGAGGAGUCAGCUGAAGGCAGUGAUAAUGAGCCAGUUUUAAACCAAUCUGUUCUUGAAAACGAGGAGGAUAAUGGCCAGGACAUUCGUGGCAAUGAGACGCACGUCAAACGUGCGUUCCCCACUCCAAGCCGCAGUGCAGCCAACCGCCUGCACUCGUGUUGUCUGCACUGUGCUGUGGCAGCCGAACCACAAGCUGUACUUCAACAAAAUUUUAAAAAAAAUGACGCUUGGGAAGCUAUAGCGACGCAGUUGGAGACGACAUCCGACACCGUCAAAAGCAAAAUAACCUACUUGUUGGCUUCCUUCAGGAGGGAGAAGAACAAGGAAGAAACUUCAAAAGGGACUGGAAAAGGUGCAGACGAGAUCUACAGGAGCAAAUGGUUUGCUUACGAAGCUUUUGGGUUUUUGAAGGAUAAGAACAAGUGCAAGGAAACCAUCAACUCAUGUACUUCACAAAACGCUUCAAAGGAGAAUGAUUCACAGGUUGAGCUCAUUCAGGAAGAGGACGACAAUACAAGUGAAUCUGCUUCCCAAAUUACUCAAACCCUCCCUCAUCAGCAAUCUCAAGAGAUACGAUCGGCUUCCAGUCAAACGGCACUGGGUUUUGCAAAGCCUACUCCAAUGAAGCGCAAAAGAACGCCAGCCUCUCCACGGUCUCAAGUUGACGAGGUGGUCGGCAUACUGCAUAAUGCUGUGAGGCGUGAUGCUUGUGAUGUGUAUGGUGAGCAUGUUGCGAUGAAAUUAAAAUCUUACUCCAAGAGGACACAAGCGUUUGUCCAGCACCACGUCAACAACAUUCUUUUCGAAGCCGACAUGGGCCGCUAUGACGAACUUCCUCAUCAAAAUCGCCGGUUUAUCUCAUCAGUUUUCGCCGAAUUAUUCAGCCUCUCCGUCCCCUGCUACUACGUUUUCGUCAGCGAAUUCUGGCCCACCUUCUCCGGCUAUUUUACUACAUCCACAACAGACUACACCAGAGUACAGUGGGGACUCUACUUCACCUCUGUCCUCUCUUCCUACAUACCACCAUCUAGAACCUCAACCCCCCACCACAGACCAUUCACAUCAAUCAAGCAGUGA